AUGAUUGACCAGUCUAAUAUUAAAAAUAUCGUAAAAAAAUUGGACAAUUCAUUUAUUCAAGAUAAUCCAGACUUUAUAACAGCUUGUAAUAAUGUGAAAUGGAACGAUAUUAAUACAUUAAAUUUAGUUUUACAGGAUAUUGAUAAACUUAUACAAAAAUAUCCAACUCCAAAUGAUGAUAUAAAAGAGGUCUUAACAGAGAUACCUCGCCUAUUUGUUUCAAAAUAUCCAUUUUUAUUUGGUUAUUGGAAAAAAAUGACAGCUAUCGAAUAUCAGCUAUAUGGAUUAGAGCGAUCAGUCAACAUUCUUGCUACAUCUGUCAGUAAAUUCCCACAAUGUUUAGAAUUAUGGUGUGAUUAUUUAAAAGUCUUAAUAGCUAAUUAUCCAAAUGAUACAGAAAAAAUACGAUCUUCAUUUCAAAAAGCUAAACAACUGGUUGGUUGGCAAUUCUAUGCCCAUGUGUUUUGGGAUUUAUAUAUCACUUUUGAACAUAAGCAAGGGACUGAUUUAAAACCAAUAUAUGAAGAGAUUAUACAAAUACCUUUACACCAAUACGCAAAAUAUGUGAAACCUUAUAAACAGUUGUUAAAGGAUGUAAAAGAUAUUAAAAUUUUACAGUCAAAAGUUAAAAGUAAUCAGGUUAUAGUAGGUGAAAUAUGGAGAUAUGAAAGUAAGAUAAAGCAAAAUUUUUUUAAUUUGACUCCAUUAGCUGAAGACGAGGUUAAUAAUUGGGAUCAAUAUACAACUUUUGUUACACAAUCUAAUAAAACACCUCGAUUGAUACAGUCAAUCUUUGAAAGAUGUUUAAUACCCUGUUGUUUUAUUGAACGUCUUUGGAUUAAAUAUAUUAAUUGGUUUAAAGGUCAUAAUUCAAAGCGUGAUAUCGUUGAUUUAUACAAAUUUGGAAUAAAUUUAUUACCAAUGGAUAAGAGAGAACUUAGAUUCAAUUUUUUACGUUAUUUAAAAAUUGAGAUACAAAAUAAUAAAGAAAAAGAUUCCUUUUUAUUUAAUACUUUUUCAGAUCUUUCAUCGAAUUUAAUGUUCUAUUAUUGUAAUGAAACAUCCACUAGUUGUUAUAUCCUAUCAGAAUAUUUACCGAUCUUAAAGUGUUCCCAAUUCCAAUCAAAACUAUCAGACUCUUCCAAAUUUAUACUAAGCAAACAGACAGACUAUGUUAAAUAUUUAGAUACUGCUAUAACAAAUUUUAUAGCCUCAAAAUCUCCAAGUAAUACUUUAGAGCAUUUAUUGUGUGAAGGGAAUUUAGCUAUUAUUGUAGUCGAAUUAAUUAAAAUGACAUGGCUUGUAGUUAAAAAUAAUGUUCAGACAAGAAAAUAUUUUAAUUUUUUCAGUAAGAUGCCAUCUAUUAAAAAUUCUGUUCCAUUUUGGCUAACUUAUUAUAAGUUCGAAAAAGCUAAUAAAAAUUUUGUUAGACUUAAUAAAUUCAUAAAUGAUUUAGAUACUGAAAUAUAUCUCCCAAUUGAUGUUACUAAUGAUAUUUUAGAAGACUACCGGACUUUUUAUCUGUUAAAUUCAAAUGCAAUCGAUUUUAGACAGCAUGAGGAUAAAAAUGAUAAAGUUCAAUAUGUUGACUCAUUGUUUUACUCUCAGUUUAAAAUUAAUAAACCUAAAUGGACACCAGGUAGAUUGAAGAAAGUAUUUUCAAAUGAAUGGUAUAGAUCCUCGGAAUAUAAAGAGAAUGGGCACCCUGGUAUAUUAAUUGAUAGACCCCAAAUUAAAAAUACAUUAAUUGAAUAUCCAUCCAAGAUUUUAAAGAAUCAAGUUCCAGGUAUUCCGACUUUUAGAAAUUUAGAGAGGAUAAACCAACCACCGAAAUAUAAAGAUUAUUAUACAGAAGAGUAUGCAUCGAUCCAAAACAGCAAAAAUUAA